UUUGCCGGUCAGCAGGUGUUUAAACGAGACAAGCAGCCCAUCAAUUCGUGCGGCAAUUCAGACACACUGUCCUGCGACACACGUUAGCGAAACUUAAUCUGUUUUAACUCUUGAUGUCCUGCUUGCUCGAUGAAUUUAUCUGGUACUGAUUAUCAAUGCGGGACCCAAAGUGCUCAACUCUUUUUGGUAAUCUCAUUGCUAAUCAUCGCGUUCGUGGCGAACACCAUCCUCUGGACCAUCAUAGUUCGCUACAAAGCUCUGCGGACUAUCCCUAAUAUCUUGUUGGCAAAUCUAGUGAUCGUCGAUAUGUUGAGCGCCCUCGCCAAUUUGCCUCUUUUUAUGCUAGAUGUCGUAAUAUUCAAUGUGUGGUUUACUGGUCAACUGACGGCUUUCGCCACAGUCUUUGCGUACCUGCUUUUUAUCUUACUAAAGCUAUACUCGAUGGUGCUAAUGAUGUGUGAUCGAUAUGCGGCGAUAAGUCAGGGGAUGGCUUACAAACAGUGGAUCUCAAAGAGGAAAGCCCUUUCGGGGAUAUCGUGUGUGUGGCUUUCAGGGAUUACGAUAACUAGUUGUGCAAUGUUGCCCGUAUGGAGUGUUAACUUAGGGAGCAGCCUAGUGCAAGAAUAUCGGGCAAUCUACUUCACGAGGUCUAUCCGCUACUGUCUUCUAAGCAACCUACCUCUAUGUGUUGUGGUAAUAGCUGUGCUCUCGCUUGCAACAUACUGUAGUAUGCAUAGACAAGUUAGCCAGCUCCAAGAAACCCUAGAGCGACGCAUGCGCAAUGAAGCACGUGCUGCCACCACUAUCGUCAUUGUGUUGUUGGCUUACGUUAUCUGCUUUAUGCCAAGCAUUGUGUUCACGUUAGCCGUUAGGGAUCUGGGAACUAUCAAUCAAUGGCUCCUCUUCAUACCGCCUUACUUCGCAUUUCUCACAAGUGCGUUUGACCCAAUCAUGUUUAUUUGUCGCUCAAAGUCGCUACAGUCUGCCUGUGCGAGGCUUUUAAGGUUGCGGAGAAACUCAGUCAUGUGUUCAGGGAAUAGAUCAACGGCGACGCACAGUAAUGCCACAGGGCGGCUAUUCACGAUUCGCAGGGUGUACCACGACAGUGAGAAUCUGCGUAGCUUAGACUUGAGAUUUUAAUUCAAAUGAGUAGUAGGACGCUGAAGAGUCCACAAAUGUAAUACACCCACAAUUGUAAUAAAUUGUUGCCCACAAA